UUUAUUAAGAAACCAACAAAACAAGAUCCCCUUGCCGAAGAUAUUCCCGUUCCUUUCUCCGCGUGAACACUGCCCGGCGCGUGCUCUCCACGCUCUUCAACGGUCCCCGAUCACACUUUUCUACACGCUUUCCUUUCUUCUUCAUCUCGUGCCUCUCUCACCAUUGAAAGGGUUUUAAAAUUUUAUAUCUCCAAUCUUAAACCCUAACUAGGGUUUUUGUCUGAUUCCGAAGUUUCUGUUCCAUUAAUUUCAUCAUUCAUAGUAUGCAAUUUUCCAGCUAUCAGAAAAUAUGAUUGAGAAAACAAAGAAACAGAAAAGGGGUUCAAUCAGUGAGGAAGACGUCUCUACACUUUUGCAAAGGUAUACUGCAACCACUGUUUUGGCACUGUUGCAAGAAGUGGCUCAGUAUCCAGGUAUGAAGCUGAAUUGGAAUGCACUAGUCAAGAAGACUUCUACUGGGAUAUCUAAUGCUAGGGAAUACCAGAUGUUAUGGCGCCAUUUGGCCUACCGCGACUCCUUGCUGGAAAAAUUCGAUGAUGGAGCUGAACCCUUGGAUGAUGACAGCGACUUAGAAUAUGAAUUGGAGCCUUGCCCUUCUGUUAGUGGUGAAACUUCAGCUGAGGCUGCAGCAUGUGUGAAGGUUUUGAUUGCUUCUGGUUUACCAACUGACUCAAUUCUUGCAAACAACUCCAUGGUAGAGGCUCCAUUGACAAUAAAUAUACCUAAUUCGCAAUCAUCUAGAGUAUCUUUGGAAAACUCGCAGCCCACAUGCUCAAUGCGAGGGAUGAAUAUCACUGUUCCAGUUUCUGUUCAGAAACAGAUUCUGCCUGCAGUGGCAUCGACUGAAACUUUGGAAGGAAAUGGAUCAGCUGGUGCUAACCUACCUUCUCGAAGGAAAAGAAAACCUUGGUCGGAAGCAGAGGAUAUGGAACUUAUUUCUGCUGUGCAGAAAUGUGGUGUUGGAAAUUGGGCAAACAUCUUGCGAGGAGACUUCAAAGGAGAUAGGACUGCUUCACAGUUGGCUCAGAGGUGGACUAUUAUUAAGAAGCGACUUGGCAACUCAAAUGUGGAAGGAAACUCCACUGUUACACAACUUUCUGAGGCACAGUUGGCAACACGUAGUGCUUUGUCCUUGGCCCUUGAUAUGCCUGAUAAAAACUUAACAGCAGCUUGUACAAAUAACCCUGGUUUGAAGAUCACAACCAGUACGUCUGCACUUCCAACUACUGGUGGUGAAGCUUCGGUUCAAGUGCAAAGCCAGUUCAAACAAGGUUCCAUUGCUUCUACCCAAUCUCAAAAUCAUUCUCAACAAGGUUCAAUCACUUCUGUCUUGGCCCACAAUCAACCUCAAAAAGCUCCAAUUAUAUCCAUAACAUCCCAUAAUCAGCCUCAAAAAGGUCCAAUUGCAUCCGUCCCCACCAAGAGUCCACCUCAGCAAGUUCCUGUUGCUUCAGUCCAAGUCCCAAACCCAUCUCAACAAGCUCCCAUGACUACAAAAACAUCCCCCCAGGGAUCAUCAAUUCCCACUUUAAAAUCUCGGGUAAGCUUGAAGAAACCACCAACAUAUUUUUCCAGUACAGGUUCAAUCCUUGAUGCCACUGCUGUUGCUGCUGGAGCCCGGAUUGGUGGCCCAGAGGCUGCUGCGUCCCUGCUUAAGGCUGCCCAAUCUAAAAAUGCUAUUCAUAUAAUCACUUCAAGUGGCUCUUCUGUUAAACCUCUCAAACCCAGUGGACCCUCUUCUCAUUUGGAGGUGCAUUCAUCUUGUACCUCGCAUCCUGGUUCAGUGAAAUCUGCAACUCAAAGAGUUGAGCAUACUCCAUCUUCUUCUUCCUCUUCAUUAAAUUUGUCGAUUCAGCAGUGUAAUGCCAUUACGUCUAGUCCAACUGUUGAAGGUCCCCCGAAGGAAGAACCGGAAGCAGCUGUAGAUUUCAAGGGUCCUGUGUUGGACAGUUUGCCUGUGGAGCAUGUGCAAGAAAAUGGAGCAUGUGAGUUGAAAAAUGAACCGGGUGAGGGAGUUAAAGAGCAAAAAGCAGCUGCAUCAAACCCGGAAUCUGAGUUCAAGAAUCUUAAGGCAGUUGCUGAGGAUCCGAAUGAGAAAUUAGUGGUCGAGUGUCUUCAAGUUAAUGUCAAAUCAGACCUGGUUGAAGAAUUUCAAAAUGCCAAUGAUAGUACCAUUGAUAGUUCAUUGAUUAAAAUAGGGACUGUCAACCUGCAGCCGAAGAAAGUUGCAGGAAUCCGAGAACAGUCAAGACAUCGGCUGAAGCGUCUCUAAACAAUGGAUGCACCAAGGAUAUGGAGAUUUUGAGCACAACAGAAACCGCCGAAGGUCCGUAGUGCGACAUGGUGUCUUGUGUGACGGUCCAAGUUAUUUGAAUCUGCUCACGUCAGAUGCUUGUGACAUCUUUUCUGUAGCAAUAUACCCAUCUAUUGAGGUUUUAGUCUAAGUUAUUCCAGGAAAAUAUGUUGCAGAUUUAGGUGUAUGUUUCUCUUGAAUUGUUCAGAAUUUUCUGGGGGGGAAAUUUUCGGUAGAGAAUUUUGAU